AUGCCACCAUUCUACACAUUGGACCUCCGCCGGCAAGACGUUCGCAUGGCCAUGAAAAAGAGAUAUGUAAAGCGUCUGGUACGCAAAGUGGUGCUCCUUAUCGUUUGCAUCAUCGGGAUUUCAUUGGUCACCACUAUAAUUGUUGAGAAACGGUUGCGACCAGCAACGUCGGGCGACCCCGAUGCGCACCUCGAUCCCAAUGGAGAUCCAGUAACGCCUGUUUUCCGGGCUGCGGAUAUACAGCCGACACGCAAAGCUGCCCGCCCGCCAUUCCAGGAUCGCAACUUGGUCCGAGAUCCUUUGCCUAGUGAGGUCCGCCCAGGAGUGGGAUUUAGACUACCGGAACCGGAAGGAGAGCGCAAGGACUGGCACGAUUACGCCGCCAUGGAGGCGGACAAGAAACGGAUUGGCUUAGGUGAGCAGGGGAUGUCGGCGGAAAUCGCGAAUCCGAAGGACAAGGAUAUGGAGGAUAAGCUCUACAGAAAGAAUGGUUUCAACGGCCUCCUAUCGGAUCGAAUUUCGGUUAAUCGAUCGGUGCCCGAUGUCCGACUCGAGGAGUGCAAGACCCGAAAAUACCUGGCCAAACUGCCGAAUGUCAGCGUGAUUUUUAUUUUCUUCAACGAGUACUUGAGCACCUUGCUCCGUUCCAUCCAUAGUGUCGUCAAUCGUACUCCGCCAGAGUUGCUGAAACAAAUCGUCCUGGUUGACGAUGGCAGCGACUGGGAGUCACUGAAACACCAACUGGAUGACUAUGUGAGCAUCCAUUUCCCCGGCCUGGUGGACAUUGUGAGAAAUCCGGAGCGACGUGGUCUCAUUGGCGCCAGAAUUGCUGGAGCCAAGGUUGCCGUUGGGGAUGUUAUGGUCUUUUUUGAUUCUCACAUCGAAGCCAACUACAAUUGGCUUCCACCGCUGCUGGAACCCAUUGCGAUUAAUAAUAAGAUAUGCACCUGUCCGAUGAUUGAUUCCAUUGAUCAUGCCACUUUCUCCUACCAUGGAGGCCACCAAGAAGGAGCUCGUGGUGGCUUCGAUUGGAAAAUGUAUUACAAACAACUGCCGGUGUUGGCCGAGGAUUCCAUCGACAAAUCCCUGCCUUUCCGGAGUCCUGUCAUGAUGGGCGGCUUGUUCGCCAUUAAUACGGAUUUCUUUUGGGAUCUGGGAGGUUACGACGAUGAACUGGACAUCUGGGGUGGCGAGCAGUACGAACUGAGCUUCAAGAUCUGGAUGUGUGGAGGAAUGUUACUGGAUGUACCCUGUUCCCAUGUGGCCCACAUCUUUCGAGGACCCAUGGAUCCGAGGCCAAGUCCAAGGGAGAACACCAAUUUCGUGGCAAGGAAUCACAAACGCGUGGCGGAAGUCUGGAUGGAUGAGUACAAGAAGUACCUGUACGAACGCGAUCCGGAAACCUACGAAAAAAUUGAUGCCGGAGAUCUCACCCGUCAGAAGGGCGUUCGGGAGCGGUUGAAGUGCAAGAGCUUCCAUUGGUUUAUGACCGAAGUGGCGCCCGAUUUCCUGGAGAAGUACCCACCAGUUGAGCCACCCGCUUAUGCCUCCGGGGCCAUUCAGAAUGUGGCCUAUCCCAUUUACUGUCUGGACUCAAUGGGCAAGAUUAUUAAUGAUGCUAUCGGACUGUUUAGUUGUGCGGACAAUCGAUCUCAUCCCCAGGCGAACCAAAACUGGAAACUCAGUUCUAGUCGAGAAUUGCGUCACAAGGAGGAGAGCAUUUGCCUGGAUGUCCAGGACUCUAAUCCGAAUGCCACUGUCUGGAUGUGGCCGUGUCACGGCCAGGGCGGCAAUCAGUUCUGGUACUACGAUAGAAAGAAUCAGUGGCUGGUCCAUGGGAAAAAUGGACACAAGUGCGUUGAGGCCUUUGUCGAAGAUGGGGUGGCCAAGGUCUAUGUCAAUGUUUGUGAACGGGACAAUGAACGACAGCGCUGGGUGUUCGGAACUGUUAAUGACACAAUGCUGGACAAGUUCUACGAUGGCUUGAAGUAGUCAUCCCUAAAGAAAAAUCGUUCCAUUCAAUAAAUAUAAAACAGACUCUGAAGUUCGGAGACCUCCGGUCAUCUCGGGUCUAGUUCAUUGAUCGUUGUGAAGGUUUCGGAACAGUUCGUUAAAUAAAUUCCAUUUUUCCAUUAA